CCCGGACCCGCCGGCCGGCGCCGCGCAGCAGCCCGCGGGCAGGUGAGCUGCGCCCCGCGCCAUGGCAGCCUCAGGGGUGGUUGGAAGAUGCGACAUCCUCAUUGUCUACGGCCCAGAUGCUGAGGAAUGGUGCCAGUACCUCCAGGACCUCUUUCUGUCCAGUCGGCAGAUCCGUAGCCAGAAGACGCUGACUUACAGGCUGAGCCCUGAGGCCUCCUUCUCAGCCAAGGACCUGAACUUCUUCCUCAGCUCGCGCUGCGUCGUAGUGCUGCUGUCUGUGGAGCUGGUGCAGUGCUUCUACCAGCCGGCCCUCCUGCCCCUGCUGCAGAGAGCCUUCCAUCCUCCACGUCGGGUGGUGCGGCUGCUCUGUGGGGUGCCGGACAGUGAGGAGUUCUUGGACUACUUUCCAGAUUGGGUGCACUGGCAGGAGCUCACCUGUGACGAUGAGCCUGAGACCUAUGUGGCAGCUGUGAAGAAGGCCAUUUCAGAAGAUUCUGGCUGUGACUCAGUCACUGACACAGAGACCGAGGACGAGAAGGUCCCUUCCUGCUUGAAGCAGCAGAGCCUACCACUGCAGACUUCACCUGGGAACCUGAUGGUGGUGCAGCCAGACCGCAUUCGCUGUGGGGCGGAAACCACAGUCUACGUCAUCGUGAGAUGUAAGUUGGAUGAGAGGGUGUCAACAGAAGCAGAAUUUUCUCCUGAGGAUUCUCCCUCAGUAAGGGUGGAAGCCAAGCUGGAGAAUGAAUACACCGUUUCCGUGAAGGCCCCCAGUUUUUCAUCUGGGAAUGUUUCCUUGAAGAUCUAUUCCGGGGAUUUAGUGGUGUGUGAAACUGUUAUCAGCUAUUAUACUGACAUGGAAGAAAUUGGGAAUUUAUUGUCCAAUGCUGCCAAUCCUGUGGAGUUCAUGUGUCAGGCCUUUAAAAUUGUGCCCUACAACACAGAGACCCUCGAUAAACUGCUGACGGAGUCUCUGAAGAACAACAUCCCUGCGAGUGGACUACACCUCUUUGGAAUUAACCAGCUGGAAGAAGAGGAUAUGAUGACAAAUCAAAGGAAUGAAGAGUUGCCCACCCUGUUGCAUUUUGCUGCGAAAUACGGACUGAAGAACCUCACUGCCUUGUUGCUCACCUGCCCAGGAGCCCUGCAGGCAUAUAGUGUGGCCAACAAGCAUGGCCACUAUCCCAAUACAAUUGCUGAGAAACAUGGCUUCAGGGACCUGCGGCAGUUCAUCGAUGAGUAUGUGGAAACUGUGGACAUGCUAAAGAGUCACAUCAAAGAGGAACUGAUGCAAGGGGAGGAGGCUGACGCCGUGUAUGAGUCUAUGGCCCACCUCUCCACAGACCUGCUCAUGAAGUGCUCCCUCAACCCCGGCUGUGAUGAAGAGCUGUAUGAGUCCAUGGCUGCCUUUGUCCCAGCUGCCACUGAAGAUCUCUAUGUCGAAAUGCUUCAGGCCAGUGCAUCUAAUCCAAUCCCUGGAGAUGGUUUCUCUCGGACCAGUAAGGACUCCAUGAUUCGCAAGUUUUUAGAAGGUAACAGCAUGGGAAUGGCCAGUUUGGAGAGGGAGCUGCACCACAGUGGUCAGGAGGAAGAUGUGUAUCACACGGUGGAUGAUGAUGAGGCCUUUCCUGUGGACCUGGCCAACAGGCCCCCCGUCCCAGUGCCCAGGCCAGAGGCCAAUGCUUCUGGUACUCAUCACCUGUCUGACAAUGAACCAUACAUUUCUAAAGUUUUUGCAGAAAAAAGUCAAGAGCGGCCUGGGAAUUUUUAUGUUUCCUCAGAGAGCAUCAGGAAAAAAGAGCCUCUCGUCAGACCUUGGAGGGACAGGCCCCAGUCGAGUAUAUAUGACCCUUUCGCUGGAAUGAAAACGCCUGGCCAGCGGCAGCUGAUUACCCUCCAGGAGCAGGUGAAGUUGGGCAUCGUCAACGUAGACGAGGCUGUGCUCCACUUCAAAGAGUGGCAGCUCAACCAGAAGAAGCGGUCUGAGUCCUUUCGCUUCCAGCAGGAAAAUCUUAAACGGCUAAGAGACAGCAUUACCCGAAGACAGAGAGAGAAGCAAAAAUCAGGAAAGCAGGCAGAUUUGGAGAUCACGGUCCCAAUUCGGCACUCACAGCACCCGCCCGGGAAGGUGGAGUUUGGAGUCUAUGAAAGCGGCCCCAGGAAAAGCGUCUUCCCCCCAAGGACAGAGUUGAGGCGAGGAGACUGGAAAAGCGAUAGUACCUCCAGCACAGCAAGCAGUACAAGUAACCGAUCCAGCACCCGGAGCCUCCUCAGUGUGAGCAGCGGGAUGGAGGGGGACAAUGAGGAUAAUGAAGUCCCUGAGGUUACCAGAAGUCGUAGCCCAGGACCCCCACAAGUGGAAGGAACACCCACUGUUCCCCUUGAGAGGCCCCCCAGGGUACCUCCAAGAGCUGCUUCACAAAGACCUCCAGCCAGAGAGACCUUCCAUCCUCCUCCACCUGUUCCGCCCAGAGGUCGCUGAUUCCACCUCCUGAAACUUGCCAAACAUCAGGACUUUGAGACUUGCAGUUUCAGCCUGUUAAUAAUGUCUUCAUGUUGAG